CGCAAAUACAUUCGCCAAAACGCUGUAGUACAGAUUCUAUUGUAGAACGCGUAGGAAAGUAAAUACACAGUCCCUGCCAUCUUCACCUCGGUCCCUACAUCUACAUCGGGACAUAUACUCGACCGCAACACUGGCGUGUUAUGCCAUUGAUAGCAUAGGUGGCGGGCAUCCCGACACAACAUAUCUAUUCAAUUUCCACUGUAAAUUUUAUCAAUAGCACAUAGUUCUCGCGUAUCUGUCGACAUGCUGCAGUCGGCAGUAUGUUGGCGUUUGCCAACGAAGACCACAGUAUGUAUCAAUACAAGACGUGGUUAUGCGAUGUUAUAUCCGAAGAUGAGGCGGUCUCGGAUAGAGGGCGGGAGAGCUGGGUUCAAAGAUUUUAACUGUUACAUUGCUAAUUUAGGUGCCCGGCAACGAUUAGGUAUACACACCACCACCGCACUAUGGCAACAAGAUGAUAUUGUACCGUCAAAUGGUACAUCCAUUAGUGCGGAUCAGAAAGAAUCAGCUAGCGGUAAAGGGUAUGGUGUUGUGAAAAAAGGUAAUGUAGAUAUCAACAAAAAGGUGCGUACUGUGAGAAGCUUGCAACGUGCUGCGAUGGCCGGCAAAUACGAGACAAUCGAAUCAAAGGAGGUUUCGCUGAGUAAAUUACGGAGUUUAGAAGAAACACGGCUGCAGAAUCUGAAGGUCGGUAUGCCGAGCGCGUCGGUAGCGCAUAUCCAUCAAUUCUCCACGAAAGGCAUGCUGGACUGGUACGACUUAAAGAUUUGGCCAGUUCGCGAUGCGAAAACUGGACUUGCAGCCUUUCUCGAAUACGACCAGAAGCAAGAGAGAGAGGAGUCUGACAACAAGAAGGCGAAGAAAGCUGAGAAGCUCGAGAUCGGUGGCCGUAUGGACUCCAUGUUAUUCAGACACUACCAGCUGUGCCAGAUGGUGUUGCACCGCGAGUCUGUGCUGCAUCAAAAGUCUAGGACGGUACGACGGGAUGAGGAGUACCGGGAAAUUGAGCCAGAUGUCAAUGAGGACCGGUUUGUAGAUCUCCUGGGCACUUACCUACCUCCCGAUCUGGCCUUCGAAGAAAAAUUUGACCUUGUGGUGGACUCGGCAGGCGAGGGAGAAAAUAGUGUGUGCCCUAUAGAAACGGCACUGACGAUAAAGACCGGAGACGGUGAGACGGGAUACAAGGUCACCACCUUGCAGGACAAACGCGCGAAAGCACGCAAAUCGAAACGGGCGAAGAAAGUGCUGGAGGCGGAGGGUAGUGCCGAUGAAGGGUUGUCUGAUGCUGCUGCAGGGGCAAGUGUAGACGGAACGAGCGCGCCGGAGGGCAGUGUGGCACUGGAGAUGACGAGGAUGAUGGAUGGCAAACAAGAGGGGGGUGGGGUCGGAGGAGAAGGGACUGCGCUGAAUGUUGGACAAGGAGAUGGUGCACGGCAGGAAAGCGAUGAUGAGAAAGUUGCUGCCGGUGCUAAGGAGUCGGAUGCACUUCAUAUCAACUUGGAAGAUUGGCCGGAGAAGAGAGAAGGUAUUCUGCGGGACUUGCAGCUCGGCAAGACAAUAGGGGAGAAGCCCAAACCGGUGGCUACGAAGAAGCAGAUAAGCAGACAGAUGCCUCACAUGUCCAAAGACGAGCGAGACGAGGAAUGGAAACGACAGAAGGAGGAGGUCAAGGCAAAUACGGUGGCGUGGAAUAAAGCCACUAAGGCUUAUGCGAGGGCUAAGAGAGAGUAUGCGGCGUAUUGUAGGGAAGCAUACGUCCGCAUGGACUGGCAAACGGAGCGUCGUCCAGAGCUGGCCACACGGCAGAAGCAGUGGCAGUUGAUGACUCUGCAGAUUCUGCUGGGGAUGCCUAAGAAGGAGCGAAAAGAGGCAUUCGACUGGUUGGAAUACCGUCACACUAGAGGCAAGGGUUAUACGGCCGUGGGUGCGGAGAGGAAUAGUAAUGAUAAAGGCAAAGCAAAGUACGAAGCGCAUCUGGCUAUCGAAAAGGAAGUGGUUGGUAUGCUGCAGAAGCUGGACGAAGAACCGGAACAUGAUGCAGAGGCUGGUUUACAGCACGUGUCGGCGUUGAUGGGCUCUGAAAACGAGGAUGAGUUACUGGAGGAGUACAAGAAAUUUAACCGAAAGAGCAAGAAACGCAAGCGUGCGUAUUGAUCCCCAUUUAAAAAUAUUAGUGAGCAUCCUUUGGAGGGGAUAUACUCAAUGUUUGUUUGUCAAUAAAGAAGCGC